AUGGCAGAUCUUAUCAAAGAUGAGCUGGACCUGAAGUUAGAUGCCAUUACGUUUUACACGGACAGCAGAGUAGUGCUUGGCUAUAUUUGCAACGAAACAAAGCGAUUCUACACAUAUGUCCACAAGAGUCCAACGAAUCCGGCAGUCCUCAAAGCCCGAGCAAUGGCACUACGUAUGUACAGAAGAGAACCCUGCCGACUACGCAUCAAGGUCUUUACCCGCAUCCCGCCUGGCACAGACCUCUUGGUUCACUGGACCUUCUUUCCUGCGUCAGCCACCAGCGGAGAAAACGCAGACAGCUGAGAGAUUCAGGUUAAUCGACCCUGAAAAAGACUCCGAAAUCCGACCACAGGUACAAACUUCAGCUACUUACCUGGAGGAAUCAAUACUCACCUCUGGUCGUUUCGAGCGCUUCUCCACCUUUACUUCACUGGUAAGAGGAAUUGCAUUCCUCGUGCACAUGGCAAGAUCCUGCAAACAUUCAAACCAAGACAGCAGGUGCAAAGGCUGGCAUAAAUGUAACUUACCUCGGACUCUAGACGAAAUGGCACAAGCAAGGAAAGUUAUCUUAAAAGCAGCUCAGAAAACAGUCCUGGCAAAAGAACUGGCAGUUCUCCAUGCCAACAAAACCAUACCAAAGAACAGUCCUCUGAGGACACUCAACCCAAUCUUGGAGGAUGACCUCAUCUGCGUUGGAGGGCGACUAAAGCACUCUCAUCUUGCUACCGCAGAGAAGAACCCAAUAGUUCUGCCCAAAGGAAGCCACAUUUCCCUACUGCUCACACGGCAUCACCAUGAGCAGGUGAGACACCAAGGCCGUCACCUGACGGAAGGAGCGAUUAGGGCAGCAGGACUGUGGCUCUUGGGAGGCAAGAAGCUCAUUAACUCAGUAAUCCACAAAUGCGUAACCUGUCGCAAGCUACGCGGGAAGCUGGAGGAACAAAAGAUGGCAGACCUGCCUUCAGAACGUCUUGAAAUCUGCCCUCCUUUUACAUAUGUGGGCCUCGAUGUAUUUGGGCCCUGGUCUGUUACAAUCAGACGCACCAGAGGAGGACAGGCAGAGAGCAAGCGUUGGGCCAUCAUGUUCAGUUGUAUGAGUUCCAGAGCUGUUCACAUCGAAGUAAUCGAAUCUAUGGACACAUCCAGUUGCAUAAAUGCCCUCAGACGUUUCUUCGCACUCAGAGGCCCAGCUAAACAGCUAAGAUCUGAUUGCGGCACCAAUUUCGUUGGAGCAAGCAAGGAGCUUGGGAUGGACAAAUCAGUACAAAGGUACCUCAGCGAACAAGGAUGUAGCUGGGAAUUCAACCCCCCGCACGCCUCUCAAAUGGGAGGUUCCUGGGAGCGUAUGAUUGGCGUUGCCAGAAGAAUCCUCGACUCAAUGCUCCAACAGCAAAACACUCGCUUGACCCAUGAAGUGCUUUGCACACUAAUGGCGGAAGUCACAGCGAUUAUGAAUGCACGCCCACUCUUACCUGUGUCUACAGAUCCCGAGAAACCUUUCAUACUUUCUCCGUCCAUGAUCCUCACACAGAAGUCGGGAGUUACACCUCCUCCUGGAGACUUUUCCGACAAGGAUCUGUACACAAAGCAAUGGAGACAAGUCCAGGCCCUCGCAAACCAGUUCUGGACCCGCUGGAGCCGAGAAUACUUACCUUCCUUGCAGCACAGACAGAAGUGGACAGUGCCUCGCAGAAACCUUCAGGUUGGAGAUCUGGUUCUGCUCAGGGACAAGCAGGCCGCUCGCAACAACUGGCCUAUGGCCAGAGUCAAUGCCACAUUCCCUGGGAAAGAUGGGCAUGUAAGGAAGGUCGAAGUGAAAACAACUGACCAAGGCAAUGUUAAAACCUUUCUCCGGCCGACUACAGAGAUUGUUCUGCUCCUUCCUGAAGACUGAUCUAAAGACAAUGUUCAAGACCGGUACAAGUUCUAAGUGACCUCACAUAGGUCAGACGGGGAGUGUGUUGUCUCUCCUGGCACUCAUUUAAUAUUCUUACAUUGAUUUCUUAAAUAUGUAUACGUAAAAACGGAUGUGAAUAAUUACUUUACAGUUAAAAUAAGCCAAUGUAUAAAUUCAUAUUAUUUUGCCGUUUUAGGUUUGCGAUUAUGUCACUUCCGGUUUAGUCACUUCCUGUGACGUCAUUUCCUGUUAAAAAUCUUACCUCUGUAGAAGGAAUGGCAGACAUGUGCAUCUUCUGAUUGUAAUCCGCUAGCAUCCACAUGAAAGCAUCUAAGAGGCAAUGCCUUUUCACCGUCUGUUAAUGAGGAAUUGUGACAGUAAAUGGUCAACCUUA